CGGUCGGGGCGUGUGAGGGGCUUGCUCCGCGCUCGCGAUGAUGGCUGCGGGCCGCCCGCUGGCCUGGACGCUGACACUUUGGCAGGCGUGGCUGAUCCUGAUCGGGCCCUCGUCGGAGGAGCCGUUCCCUUCAGCCGUCACUAUCAAGUCAUGGGUGGAUAAGAUGCAAGAAGACCUGGUCACACUGGCAAAAACAGCAAGUGGAGUCAAUCAGCUUGUUGAUAUUUAUGAGAAAUAUCAAGAUUUGUAUACUGUGGAACCAAAUAAUGCACGUCAGCUGGUGGAAAUUGCAGCCAGAGACAUUGAGAAGCUUCUCAGCAACAGAUCUAAAGCCCUGGUGCGCCUGGCUUUGGAAGCAGAGAAAGUUCAAGCAGCCCACCAAUGGAGGGAAGAUUUUGCAAGCAAUGAAGUUGUCUACUAUAACGCGAAGGAUGAUCUUGAUCCUGAAAAAAAUGACAGUGAACCAGGCAGCCAGAGGAUCAAACCUGUUUUCAUUGACGAUGCUAAUUUUAGAAGACAAGUAUCCUAUCAGCACGCAGCUGUCCAUAUCCCCACUGACAUCUAUGAAGGAUCGACAAUCGUGUUAAAUGAACUCAACUGGACAAGUGCCUUAGAUGACGUUUUCAAAAAAAAUCGAGAGGAAGACCCUUCACUGUUGUGGCAGGUGUUUGGCAGUGCCACUGGCCUGGCCCGGUAUUACCCAGCUUCUCCAUGGGUUGAUAAUAGCCGAACCCCAAACAAGAUUGAUCUUUAUGAUGUACGCAGAAGACCAUGGUACAUCCAAGGUGCUGCAUCCCCUAAAGAUAUGCUUAUUCUGGUGGAUGUGAGUGGAAGCGUUAGUGGAUUGACACUUAAACUCAUCCGGACAUCCGUCUCCGAAAUGUUGGAAACCCUCUCAGAUGAUGAUUUUGUGAACGUGGCUUCAUUUAACAGCAAUGCUCAGGAUGUAAGCUGCUUUCAGCACCUUGUCCAAGCAAAUGUAAGAAAUAAGAAAGUGUUGAAAGAUGCAGUGAACAAUAUCACAGCAAAAGGAAUCACAGAUUAUAAGAAGGGCUUUAGUUUUGCUUUUGAGCAGCUGCUUAAUUAUAAUGUAUCCAGAGCCAACUGCAAUAAGAUUAUCAUGUUGUUCACGGAUGGAGGAGAAGAGAGAGCCCAGGAGAUAUUUGCCAAAUACAAUAAAGACAAGAAAGUACGGGUGUUCACAUUCUCAGUUGGCCAACAUAAUUACGACAGAGGACCUAUUCAGUGGAUGGCUUGCGAAAAUAAAGGUUAUUAUUAUGAAAUUCCAUCCAUUGGCGCCAUAAGAAUUAAUACUCAGGAAUACCUAGAUGUUCUGGGAAGACCGAUGGUUUUAGCAGGAGACAAAGCUAAGCAAGUCCAAUGGACAAAUGUGUACUUGGAUGCGCUGGAACUGGGACUUGUCAUUACUGGAACUCUUCCGGUCUUCAACAUAACUGGCCAAUUUGAAAAUAAGACAAACUUAAAGAACCAGCUGAUUCUUGGAGUGAUGGGAGUUGAUGUGUCUUUGGAAGAUAUUAAAAGACUGACACCACGUUUUACACUCUGCCCCAAUGGCUACUAUUUUGCAAUUGAUCCUAAUGGUUAUGUGUUAUUACAUCCAAAUCUUCAGCCAAAGAACCCCAAAUCUCAGGAGCCAGUGACAUUGGAUUUCCUCGAUGCAGAGUUGGAGAAUGACAUUAAAGUGGAGAUUCGAAAUAAAAUGAUCGAUGGAGAAAGUGGAGAAAAAACAUUCAGAACUCUGGUUAAAUCUCAAGAUGAGAGAUAUAUUGACAAAGGAAACAGGACAUACACGUGGACUCCUGUCAACGGCACAGAUUAUAGUUUGGCCUUGGUAUUACCAACCUACAGUUUUUACUAUAUAAAAGCCAAAAUAGAAGAGACAAUAACUCAGGCCAGAUAUUCAGAAACACUGAAACCGGAUAAUUUUGAAGAAUCUGGCUACACAUUCCUAGCACCAAGAGAUUACUGCAGUGACCUUAAACCUUCAGAUAAUAACACUGAAUUUCUUUUAAAUUUCAACGAGUUUAUUGAUAGAAAAACUCCAAACAACCCGUCCUGUAAUACAGACUUGAUUAAUAGAGUCUUGCUGGAUGCAGGCUUUACAAAUGAACUUGUCCAAAAUUACUGGAGUAAGCAGAAGAAUAUCAAGGGAGUGAAAGCUCGGUUUGUUGUGACUGAUGGUGGGAUUACCAGAGUUUAUCCCAAAGAGGCUGGAGAAAAUUGGCAGGAAAACCCAGAGACAUAUGAAGACAGCUUCUAUAAAAGGAGCCUAGAUAAUGAUAACUAUGUUUUCACUGCUCCCUACUUUAACAAAAGUGGACCUGGGGCCUAUGAGUCAGGCAUUAUGGUAAGCAAAGCUGUAGAAAUAUAUAUCCAAGGAAAACUUCUUAAACCUGCAGUUGUUGGAAUUAAAAUUGAUGUAAAUUCUUGGAUAGAGAAUUUCACCAAAACUUCAAUCAGGGAUCCGUGUGCUGGUCCAGUUUGUGACUGCAAACGAAACAGUGAUGUAAUGGAUUGUGUGAUUCUAGAUGACGGUGGGUUUCUUUUGAUGGCCAACCAUGAUGAUUAUACCAAUCAGAUUGGAAGAUUCUUUGGAGAGAUUGAUCCAAGCUUGAUGAGACACCUGGUCAAUAUAUCAGUUUAUGCCUUUAACAAAUCUUACGAUUAUCAGUCGGUGUGUGAACCUGGUGCUGCGCCAAAGCAGGGAGCAGGGCACCGCUCAGCUUAUGUGCCAUCAAUAGCAGACAUACUGCAGAUUGGAUGGUGGGCCACUGCUGCUGCCUGGUCUAUUCUUCAACAGUUUCUGUUGAGUUUGACUUUUCCACGGCUCCUUGAGGCAGCUGAUAUGGAGGAUGAUGACUUCACCGCCUCCAUGUCAAAGCAGAGCUGCAUCACUGAGCAAACCCAGUAUUUCUUCGACAAUGACAGCAAAUCGUUCAGUGGGGUAUUAGACUGUGGAAAUUGUUCCAGAAUCUUUCAUGUAGAAAAGCUCAUGAACACCAAUUUAAUAUUUAUAAUGGUAGAGAGCAAGGGGACAUGUCCCUGUGACACACGGCUGCUCAUACAAGCAGAGCAAACUUCUGAUGGGCCAGAUCCUUGUGAUAUGGUUAAGCAACCCAGAUAUCGAAAAGGGCCAGAUGUCUGCUUUGACAACAAUGUCCUGGAGGAUUAUACCGACUGUGGUGGGGUCUCUGGAUUAAAUCCUUCCCUGUGGUCUAUCAUCGGGAUACAGUUUGUACUACUUUGGCUGGUAUCUGGCAGCAGACACUGCCUGUUGUGACCUUCUAAACCAAAUCUCCAUAAUCAAACUCCAGGCCCUGCCACAACAUGAUCCCUCCGUUAUGUUAAAGUAGGGUCAACGGUUAAAUCAGAACAUUAGCUGGGCCUCUACCAUGGCAGAGCUCUAAGGCGCAGACUCAUCAGGCACCCACUGGCUGCAUGUCAGGGUGUCCAGUCCUGAAACUUGUGUGAAUGCUGCAUCAUCUAUGUAUAACAUCAAAGCAAAAUUCUAUACGUGCUCUCUUGGCAAAUCUGGGAGUUUGUUGUUGCAUUGUUGGUGAUACAUGUAAAAGGGCUCCCCAUCCAGUUGUUUAUGAAUCAUAAGAACUGUCUUGAUUUUGACCUGGAAUUUUGACUUGCUGCAAUUCUACCAAGAAAAUCUAUUAGGGGAAGGGGGAGGUUGUUUUUGCCUUCACUUCUUCUGUUAAAAGUUAAUUCCUGCUUUGAGUGGUUAGUGACUAUAUAUAACAAUAUAAUAUAAAGAGAGAGAAUUAACAUUGGACUGUGGAUGUAUGAAUAAUGGCUAAUUUUGUACCAAAAAAAAAAGAUGCCGUGAAUAAAAUGCCUUAUGAAGAAUGGCUUCUCUGCCAAAAGCAAAACACAGUUGAUGACCAAUUAAAUUUUGGUGGAGUAACGAAUUAAUGAUUGAAAUAACAACUAAGAGAUUAUUAAACUAAAGGUGCUUGAGGGUACAAUUUGAAUAUGUGACGUAUUUCCUCAUAAAUGUAAGCCCUUAAACGCUUUGAUGUCACGUUCCUUUUGUUCGCAGUACAGUUAGGUAGUGCUAGCCAGAUAUUUAAAGAUGCUAUAAGAAAAGCUUGUUGGGGGGAGGGCAAAUGUUUUUCUUGUGACAAAUGAACUUGGGUUACCAAGGGUAUUUGCAUGAUGCUGCUGCUAUUUUAACUUUUCGGUUUGUUUUUCUCUUACUGUAGAGUGUAGUCCUUUGAAAAGUUAACUGAGUGACAUUAUUGUUAUGUAAGAAUCUGAACCUUGCAGUGUAAAUGCACCUCAGUCAUCUUCUAAAAUGUUGUUAAACUACUCUGAAUAUACUGUGCAAUGUAAAGUGCUGAAUGAUUGGGUUAGGUAAAUGGUGAAAUGAGAAUUAAUGGAUUUUAUACAGACUCGUGCUUUUGCCUGAAAACCUAUGUACAGAUAUUUUAAGUACAUAAAUCAGAUUUGACACAUUUAUUUUUUGAAAAGCACAUAUAUGUUCUCAAAGAAGGCUCAUUCUGGGUUUCCUCUUUGUUCUUUUCGAUAGUAGCAUGGACAAUCCAAAAAGCGCUGCUGCUUGUGCCCCUCCACUUUAAAUUCUAUUAUCAUUUGACAGAAAUUUCCAUAUAACCUGCUGAGGGUUUUACAGUAAUUUGAACAAAUAGGAAACCUUGAAUCUAUAUGUAUGCACAUGAUUGUGAAUAAUAAUAAUUGUUUUUAUACAGCUUCAGAGGUGAAAAUGGUUAGCAUAGUAAAUCAGAUAUUUCAUUACAGGUUGACAUGGUAGCAGAGUAUUACUUAUGCUUUUAAAAAUUAUUUUCAGGAGUAAACAGUAUUUGAAGAAGGAGUAAAAACAACGAAUGUGUAACUCUAGGGUAAUGAGUAAUUUUACUGACGGCUGAAAGUAUGCAGUUUUUUUAUGGUAAAAUGCUUUUUUUUUUUUCAUCUUUUGAACAUGCCAAAUAAUUGGUGUGUGUAAAUGCUGGAAAUUUUCUUAUAUAUCAUUUUUAAGUCAGAGUUAUUAACAUUAUCCAGCAUGCUUUAAUAUGCUCCACAUAUCAAAGUUAGAACCAAUUCUUUAGCAUAGUUGAAAAGAUAUAUUUGUUUUGUCUUUAGCUUUACAUACAUUUGUAAUUCCGUCCCACCACCAAUAUGCCCUAGAUACCAUUUGUGUACAUCUCCUUAUUUAAGAUUUUUUUCUGAACUUAAAAUGGGGUAGGGGGUAGGGAAAGUGGAACCACUUUGCCAAUGAUUGUUCUAAGAGUUGACAUCAGUUACCAUUUCUAAUGCACUGUCGUGAUUUUGUAGUCUCAUUCAUAACUGGUAUCAACAUUUUAGAAAACACCAAAGUGAUAGAAAAGAAAAAUACAGAACUUCUCACUAUAUUGACAAUAUGUUUAAAAUCAUGUUGUUUGUUAAUUAAAUAUUUAAAACUUAUUGUAACUUUUGCUAGACUUUUAAAUCAUUGAAGUGUUGAGAAGCAGAUAUAAAAACAAAAAAAAGAUAGUUUGUGUAUAUAAAUGGCUCACAUUAAAACAAUUGAAUUGCUUCCAGCAUACAACAGACUACCUUAAAAUUAUGUUUAAAGUCUAUAAAAUAUAUUUUCAUGGGUAAUGUCAGUUAUAUAGUACGUUUCCAUCAACUGCAUUAUUGUCAUAUUAAUCAUAGUUAAACUUGGCAUCUCUUGACAGAACCCUAUUUGAUUUCUGUUCCCAUCAAAAUAUACUUAUAUGCAUGAGUCUUGCUAUAAACCUCUAUUUUCUGUUAUAUGAUGAAGUUAUAUCCUGUGACAACCAUGUACAAGGAAAUAAAUGGGGUAAGAACAUGCUCUCUGCCUAAAAGUUUUUCUCAUGACUGAUACUAAGUCCUCAUGGCUUUAGAAUACUUUUUUGGAAGACAGUAAUACUCAUCCCAUCAACUUGUUAUUAAAUUUACCACUGGUUUUCUGUGAGUUCUGUUGAUAAGAACUAUAAUUCUAUCCUAUUAUUAAUAUUAAUUCCCAAGACAGAACAAGAGAUCAAUAAAAAAAGUCUUAAACUGUUUUCACUUAUUUAAUUUUUGCUAUAUUCAUGUAGCUUAAUGCAGUUUGUUACCAAAACACAGUCAAAAUCAAUCUUGCAUUGAUGUUAACAUUUCACAUUAAUGAUUUCUUUGUAUUUUCUUCAUUUGAACAACCAGCAUUACUGCCAAACACCAGUCGUGGUCCAUAUUUGUAACAGGUUUUUAACAUGACAUAGUUAGCAAGUUUGAUUGAAAAGAUUUUUAGGUCCUGGGCCUUUAAGAUUUUGGUAUGAUCUUUUUUCAUGUUUCUAAUGCUUGAGGCGUUAUUGCUUAACUUGGAAAAAAAAACAGUGUUGCUGCCAUUUGUAAGUUUUCCUAUAAUAUUCCUUUUAUUAACUUUAAACUGGCCUUAUGGGGUUCAAAUAGGCAGUAUCCCUUUUAAGUGACCUUUGCAACCCAAGUGUUACUUGCUUAUUUGAUGCUCUCUUGUAUGUUACAUCUCAUUUAAAUCUUCGUAUUGUCUCCACCAAAGCUCAAAUUCUGUCUUAAUUUAAAACUCUUAAGCUAUUCCAUUAAUCAUCUUAGUUGACACUAAACUGUCUGAAAGUAGAGUCAGAUCUAGUGAGACAAAAUGGAUGUACUUUUUUUAAUGUAGAAUAGAAAGACUAUCUCACUCAAAUUUCAAAUAUUUUAUUCUCAUCUGGAACCUGUAUUGUUUCUCCUAGCAGAAUGUUAAUAUUGUUAAUAUUCAAUGUACAUUUCUGUAAAGAGCAAAUCAAUAAAAUGAAAAUAUCAAAUGCAGAAAAAUUCCAAGAGUUUUGAAGAAUUAGACAACUCCUGCUGAUGGUUUCAUCUACAUCAUUUCUAAUCCACGUAAUUAUCUCGAAGAAAUUCCACUGAGACUAAUGGGAUACUGUCUUGCAUAGAUGCCAGUUGAGUUUCCAGUGUGACCUGGCAAAGCUGUCUUCUCGUGCUGUAUGAUUGUUGGAUCAUGCUUUUAGAAUACUUUUAUUGAAAUGCUCUGUGUGCAUUCCAGUGAAAGGCCAAGUGGCUUUUGUGAACAAUAGAUCUCUUCUCCCCCUUUAUUAUGUUCUCUUGACACUUUUGUGGAAAUUAACUAGCCUGAUAAAAAACAUUUUGUAAAAAUUUGUAUAAUACUAUUAUAAAAAUAUUUAUAAUCCCAGAAAAUGUUGUGUUAAAUCUUGUGCAAAAACAGUAUAUUCAGAAUAA